AUGGUGAAGAUACACAUACCAGUGUUACAACUGAUACUGAUUGCAUUUGUGGGUGCAAAGAAAAAUGUUUUGUUUCUGGUGUCAGAUGAUAUGAGACCAAACCUCAAUGCCUAUGUGGGUCCAGACAUGCCGUCUCCUGUCCAUCCCAAGAUGCAUACACCUGCUCUCGAUGCCUUAGCCAGCAGAUCCCUUGUUCUGAAGAGAGCCUAUGUGUCUCAGGCUUUAUGCAGCCCCAGUAGAACUGCCCUUCUUACCAGCAGGCGGCCUGACACUAGUCACAUAUGGGACAUUGGACCUUACUUCCGACAAGUUGGGGGUAACUUUACAACACUGCCUGAAUACUUCAAGCGUAAUGGAUACCGAACUAUCGGUAUGGGGAAGAUCUUUCAUCCGGGCAGUUCAUCAGGAGGAGAUGAUCCCGUAUCCUGGACGGAUCCAUAUUUUCAUGCAGGAGACAAAUAUGGAGGACAUGACCUGUUAUGUGAAGCAGUAUCAGAAGAAAGAGAGAAGGUCCAACCACUUGAGGAUCAGAUGAUUGCGGACCAUGCAAUAAAAACACUCCAGGAACUCGCACCUAGAGCAAAGUCAGGUGAGCAACCUUUCUUUGUAGCAGUAGGUUUCCAUAAACCGCAUACACCAUGGAACUAUCCUGCUCGUUUCAAUACUUUCUAUCCCUUGGAGAGUCUUCGACCAGCACCAAACUAUUAUGCUCCAGUUGGAAUGCCAGCUGUUGCCUGGCAUGACUUUAAAGACUUUGGGAUUUUCAAAGACAUCAAGCAAUACAACCUAUCCGAUAUCGGUGCCAUAAACUUCACGUUUCCACCAACACUGACCCUUGAACUGAGACAGGCCUACUACAGCUGUAUCAGCUAUAUUGACUAUGAGCUGGGAAAAGUUAUUCAAGAGCUCGACAACUUAGGACUUUCUAACAAUACAAUCAUAUCCUUCUGGGGAGAUCAUGGGUGGCAGUUGGGCGAACAUUCAGAAUGGGAGAAGCACACGAACUUCGAAGACGCCACCCAUGCUCCCAUGAUGAUACACGUUCCUGGAGUCACUGAUAAAGGUGUGGUAACAGAGCACCUGACAGAAUUUGUCGAUCUGUACCCGACUCUAGUUGAUGCUGCAGAACUUCCUAAACUUGAAACCUGUCCACCAAACUCUCAAAACAUCAGUCUGUGCACGGAAGGUACUAGUAUGGUCCCACUCAUGACAAACCCAACAAUGAAAAACUGGAAAACUGCUGCUUUCUCCCAGUACCCUCGAGGAGGAGACGGUCUCCAUGGUGAUGUCAUCAUGGGUUACACAAUGAAGACAGACCUGUAUCGCUACACAGAGUGGAUCAACUUCAAAGGCAGGCCUAUCUAUACACCGAUGUGGGACCAGGUAAAGGCAGCUGAACUCUAUGAUCAUAUGAAAGACCCAGAAGAGAACUGGAACCGAGCUGAUGACCCAUCCUACAAAGACAUCAGGACCGAGCUAUCUAAGAAACUGAAAAUUGGCUGGAGGGGAGCUUUGCCUAACAAACGCGUCUGA